AUGAACUCCCUAGCGGCUUCCACGGUUCAGCGAGUAGGCUUCACGAAGCAGCCUGCCCAUGGCGGUCUCACCUCUUCGAAGCGUACCACCGCGUCCCGAACGGCCUGUCUGUCGUCGAGCCAUUCUGGUCUAGGAGGUCGCACCUUGCGUAGUGACAAAAGAUUCGCAAAAGAACAGGAUGUUUCUUCAUCUAGAGUAGUUCGGAUGGGCCUCAGCAGUCAAAAUGCAGGAGACAAGGCUUCCAUUCGCCAAGCAAAUAAGCUCGUCCUAUCACUCGACAGCGGGUCCAAGCUUACCCACGCAGACGGUGCAUGGCUGAAGUGCGAUUUGACAGGCUGCUCGACGCAAGAUGUUGCUCCAGAUGCAGAGUUCCGGCUGGUUCAAGGGGAGGGGUGGCGUGUGGCUUAUGAGGCAUCACCCAACUCAACUGACAGUUUUGCUGCUUCGGUCGGCGGAGAGGGAUGGAGUCUGGCGAUGAACGCCAGGGAGUAUCACGACUUCUGCCAGCUCCUUAGGGCCGUGCGAGCGUCUGUGCUUCGCCUCGACCCCGCCGACGUCCAAGAGCCGCUCCAGAUCCAGGCACGUGGAUCGCAUAUCUGGCUCGAGGCCACCGUCCCGGCUGCCGGACUAUUACCAGAUCUCUGCGCUGCCCUCAACGGGUCUUUGGAUGGGUCAGAUCAGGCGGCGGGCUUCGAUCUUCGGUUUGGAUUAAUUUCAGCUCAAUCUGGCGCAGUGGGGGGCAAAGCAGCAGCACAGGUGGCGCACUGGCCAGCAUCCGCGGUGGCGGACGCGUUGCAGAGCGCGGGGGAGCUGUUUGGAGUGCCGCGUGGCGGUCAGAGCGACGAACGGGACGAGGCUCGGCGGGUAGCGGCGGGCGUGUUCGUGGCGUCGCUCGAGUCCACGUCAGACACCGAGUCCCUCGUGUCGCUCGAGGAGCAGCUGCACCACAUGCGCCAAGUGCUCGCCGCCGCGCGCGCGCAGGUGCGCGCGUCGGAGGCGCGCGUGCGGCAGACGCUGGACCGAAUGGCGGAGCUGGAGUCGCUCGUGCAGACCACGCGCGUCGUCGACCCCCUUCCCAGGGAAUCCAGCAGCAGCCAGGGGGAUGCGGCGGAGGGUAGCGCGCCGAGUGCUAGCGCAGGGCGCGCGGAGGGGAGUCUGGCGGUAGUGGAGAAGGCGGAGGCGAUCCUGGCGGCGGAGCCCGCGGAGCUGCAGAGCGCGGCUGAGACGGCGGCGUCCCAGGGGCGCGUGGCGAAGGGGAAGCGGAAGGGGAAGGCCCCGCGGCGCACGAAGCUGGACACGUCGGGGCCGCUGCCCAAGUACGCGGAGACGCUCAAAAACUUCUGGUUCCCCGUCGCCUUCUCCAAAGACGUCGACGCCUCCACGCUGAUUCCGUUUGACUGCUUCGAGGAGCCGUGGGUGGUGUUCAGAGGCCCAGACGGCAAGCCAGGGUGCAUCCGGGACGAGUGUGCGCACAGGGCAUGCCCUCUCUCCAUCGGCACUGUAGUUGACGGCCACGCUGUCUGCCCCUACCACGGGUGGGAGUUCAACCCGAGUGGCAAGUGCACCAAGAUGCCGUCCACGCGCCUCACGGACGUGCGAGUGCGAGCGCUGCCGUGUGUGGAGCACGAGGGCAUGAUCUGGGUGUGGCCCGGCACUGCCACGCCUACCGACACCCUGCCCUCCACCAUGCCGCCCCCCUCCUACACCGUGCAUGCUGAGAUAGUGAUAGAGCUGCCGGUGGAGCACGGGCUGCUGGUGGAGAAUCUCCUGGACCUCGCCCAUGCGCCCUUCACUCACACCACCACCUUCGCCAAGGGCUGGUCCGUCCCCAGCCUGGUUCGCUUCAAGUCGGCAGCAGCGCAAGCGCUGCAGGGCCACUGGGACCCGUACCCGAUCACGAUGGAGUUCCGCCCGCCCUGCAUGGUGGUGUCCACCAUCGGGCUCGUCAAGCCGGGCCAGCUGGAAGGGCAGGCCAGCGCACAGGAGUGCACGCAGCAUCUGUUCCAGCUGCACGCCUGCCUGCCGUCGUCACGCGGCAAGACGCGGCUGCUUUACCGUAUGGGGCUUGACUUCGCCCAGUGGGUCAAGUUUGUGCCCUUCAUCGACAGAUUGUGGAAAUCCUUGGCUAACCAGGUGCUGGAUGAGGACUUGCGUUUGGUUGUAGGGCAGCAGGACAGGAUGAGACGUGGUGCCAAUGUGGUGGCGGAGCUACCCGGGCGAACGGAGGAGAUGGCAGAGGCGCUCUUCAACAUGAACAGGUUCUCAAGUUUCCUGCUCUGCCUCGAUUGCACUGCUGCGGCAUGUGUGUGUGCUGCUCGUCACAUGCAGGCGUACCUGUCGUUGCCCGAGGGAGCAGCAUCGGCGGUGGGGCUGGUGGCUAUGAUGACCGACCACUACUCCAUGCUCCGACCUCUUACCAGACGCAGGACCAACAGUGUGGGUCACAGCCGGGGGGAGAGAGGGGGUCAACGGUCAGGGGAGGGAGCGGAGGGGAGUGAUGUGGCGGGCAGUGGGAGGGGCAGUGGAAGGCGGAGUGAGGGCAGGAGGGAGGUGAAGCGGGGUGCAGAGGAGGGGAGUGCGGAGCAAGGGGCGGAGGUGCAGGAGGGGCAGCAGUGGAGCGUGGGGAGGAGCACGGGGUCCAGUGCGGGGCUUGGGGGGGGCGAUGGCGGUGAAAAAGGGAGGGAUACGCUGGAGGUGGUAGCAGGAGCAGCAGCAGGAUGUGGAAAGCAGUCAGCAGCCGCCCCCCUGUGGUCGCGGGGCAAGCGCAGUCGCAGGGCGCACAUGCCUGCUGGCGGGGGCAAGGGCGGGGGGGAAGCGGGGAGAGGGGCGGAAGGGGAGAGAGCAGGGGGAGGAGAGGAGAAGGGAGGCGGCAGGGUGGGGCAGAGGAAGAGGCAACUGGAGGAGGAAGAGCAGGGCGGGGGUAGGAGGAAUGGAGGCGGAGGGGGGGGUGGGGGGGAGGAGGGCAGCGGGGAUGUGAGGCAGCAGGCACUAGGGAGGCAAGUAGAGGGGCGCGGGCAAGGGGAGCGGGGGAAGGGGGAGAGGGGGGUAGGGCACGAGGGGAGGCAGGGGGUUGGGGAUUUGACAGCAGGCACAGGCAGGCAGAGGGGCGUGGGGUCGCACACUCCUAAGAAGGCUCGAUCGGCCGUUGCUGUGGUGGGUGGCGUGGGGGCGAGAGGGCGAGGAGAGGCAGAGGAGGACGAGAAGAGACGCUCCGAGAUGAGUGCUGGUAUGCGGGUGUCACUGCGCCCACAGCAGCAGGAACAGGAGGAGAAGGCAGGGGCUGAGAAGGAGGAGGAGGAGAAAGAGAGCAGAGCAGAUGAGGCAGGUGGUAGGUUGGCAGGGGUACAGAGGCGUGGAGAGGACAGAAGAGCAGGGAAGGAGGAGAAGGUUAAGGGGAUCGAGGAGAGGAGGGAGGGGAAGGGCGGUGAUGAGGGGAAGGACGCGAAGGAUGGUGAAGAGAGGAAGGAGGGGAAGCAGAGAAAGGAGGGGAAGGACGGGAAGGAAGUGAAGGAGGGGAAGGGGGGCAAGCGCAAGGCGAAGGCAAAGAGGAAGGGGGUUGCAGGCGGGGCAGAGGUGGGGGGCGGGCCUGGUGGGCAGGCAGAGCAGGCGGUGGGUGAGGGAGGCGCGUGUACAGGGGGGGAGAGGGAGGCGGCGCAGCAUGCAGGAGAGGGGGGACGAGUUGGGGAAGAUGGAGAUGCAGGGGGAGAAGGGGCUACGAGGGGAGAAGCAGGAGCAGCGGGGCAGGGGGUGCAGGAGGGCAUGGGUAGUGGAGGGGGGGAGCAUGCAAGCAGCCUUUUCCAUGGUGAGUGA